AUGAAAAAUCUUGGAUCUCUCCGUUAUUUCCUUGGUUUUGAGAUCACUACAGCUACAGAUGUUUACUUUCUUACUCAAGCAAAGUACAGUUUAGAUCUUCUUGCCAAAGCUCAAAUCACGGACAACAAGAUUACGGAUACACCUCUUAAGCCCAAUAUGAGACUCACUCCCUCUGAUGGUGAACCUCUUCAUGGUGGUACAUUGUAUCGACAAUUGGUUGGUAGUUUGGUAUACCUUAUUGUCACCCGUCCAGAUAUUUCUCAAGUUGUUCAUAAAGUUAGUCAAUUCAUGGCUGCACCGCAAUCCACACAUUUUGUUGAUGUUCUUCGCAUUCGUCGUUAUAUCAAGGGCACUAUAUUUCAUGGACUUCAUUUCUCUCGCCAGUCACCACUUAUCCUUCACACUUAUGCGGAUGUUGAUUGGGUAGGAGACCCAAUAGAUCGUCGUUCCACUACAGGCUACUGUUUCUUUUUAGGUACUUCACUCAUCUCUUGGUGCAGUAAGAAACAGACCAUUGUUGCCCAAUCUAGUACCAAAGCAGAAUACAGAGCCCUUGCAGAUGCCACUUCUGAGCUUUUGUGGUUACAAUGGCUCCUCUAG